AUGAGAGUCGAGUAUUACGAAGAAAGGGAUGACGAUUCUCAAGAGUUGAAGAAAGCUGUUGAGAUUAUCAAGAAGAGAAGAGGACCUACUGGGCUCCUCGAAUUGGACCGAGGUUUACUGCAUAGCCCGCAGAUGGCCGUAGGGUGGAGUCAAUUUUUGGGAUCAGUCCGAGCUGAUUCCAAAUUAAGUAGAGAUAUUAAAGAAUUGGCUAUAAGCAGAGUUGCAUUUUUGAACAAAGCUAAAUAUGAAUGGGAGCACCAUUCGGUUAUAGCAGCAGAAGCAGGUGUUAGUGCCAAAGGUUUGACUACUAUACAGCAACCCGAUGCUAUAAGCAAAGGUUUAUCUCAUGAUGAAUCUGUAUAUGGUCUAACACUGAAGCAACAAGCUUCUGUUCUCUACACCGAUGAAAUGACUAAAAAUGUUCAAGUGAAGGAUGAGACUUUUGCACUACUGAAACAAUUGUUUUCCGAGGAAGAGAUCGUCGAGUUGACUAUCACCGUCGGGGCAUACAACUGUGUGAGCAGAUUUCUUGUUGCUCUGGAUAUAAAUGAACAAAAUGAAAGAAGUAGAAACUGGUCGUCCUAG